AUGAAUUUUUGCCCAGUUUGUUCAAAUUUUUUAUCUUUAGAAAAUGAAUCUAGUUAAGGAUAUAGACUAAAAUGUCCAGGAUGCAUCUAUUAUUUUCCUUUAAAAGAAAUGAGGCUAACAAAAACAUUUUAAUCUAAAGAGCUAGCUCCUAUAACAUAUCCAUAAUAAAAUAAAUAAAUUACAGAUGAGCAAUGUGAUAAAUGUGGAUGCCUAAAAGCUUUCUUUUGGGAAUUUUAAACAAGAGGUGCUGAUGAAUAAAGUACAAUUUCUUUUGAAUGCAUAAGCUGUGGUCAUAAAUGGAAGAAUGAUAGAUGAGAG